CGUCUCACAUUGUUGGAUACCCUCGCAUGGGCCCAAAGAGAGAGCUGAAAUUUGCAUUGGAAUCUUUCUGGGAUAAGAAGAGCAGUUCCGAGGAGUUGCAAAAGGUGGCAACUGAUCUCAGAUCAUCCAUAUGGAAGCAGAUGGCUGAUGCUGGCAUCAAGUACAUCCCUAGCAACACAUUCUCUUACUAUGACCAGGUACUUGAUACAACUGCAAUGCUCGGUGCUGUCCCACCAAGAUACAACUGGACCAGUGGAGAGAUUGGAUUUGACAUUUACUUCUCUAUGGCUAGAGGAAAUGCCUCUGUACCCGCCAUGGAAAUGACCAAGUGGUUUGACACCAACUACCAUUUUAUUGUCCCCGAAUUGGGACCUGAUGUGAAGUUUUCUUAUGCUUCUCACAAAGCAGUGACUGAAUACAAGGAAGCUAAAGCGCUUGGAGUCGACACCGUUCCAGUCCUUGUUGGACCUGUCAGCUACUUAUUGCUAUCUAAACCUGCAAAGGGUGUUGAUAAAUCUUUUUCUCUUCUCUCCCUUCUUGACAAAAUCCUUCCAAUCUAUAAGGAAGUUGUCUCUGAGUUAAAGGCAGCUGGUGCUUCGUGGAUUCAGUUUGAUGAGCCCACCCUUGUCAAGGAUCUUGAGUCUCAUGAGUUGCAAGUAUUCACUAAGGCCUACUCUGAGCUAGAAUCAACAUUGUCUGGUGUGAAUGUCNCGAGGAGGAAUAUGUUAAGGCCAUCAAGGAGGAAAUUAACAAAGUUGUCAAGCUCCAGGNCCCUUGUCAAGGAUCUUGAGUCUCAUGAGUUGCAAGUAUUCACUAAGGCCUACUCUGAGCUAGAAUCAACAUUGUCUGGUGUGAAUGUCCUCGUCGAGACCUACUUUGCUGAUGUUCCUGCUGAGGCAUUUAAAACUCUCACUGCUCUGAAGGGUGUUACUGCCUUUGGCUUUGAUUUGGUUCGUGGAACUAAGACUCUUGAUUUGAUCAAGGGAGGUUUCCCUUCUGGCAAAUACCUCUUCGGUGGUGUGGUUGAUGGGAGGAACAUCUGGGCCAAUGAUCUUGCUUCAUCUCUCAGCGUCUUGCAGUCCCUUGAGGGCAUCGUUGGAAAAGACAAGCUCGUGGUCUCAACCUCCUGCUCGCUUCUCCACACUGCUGUUGAUCUAAUUAAUGAGCCUAAGCUGGACAAGGAAAUUAAGUCAUGGCUCGCAUUUGCUGCUCAAAAGGUUGUUGAAGUGAAUGCCUUGGCAAAGGCAUUGUCUGGUCAUAAGGAUGAGGGUUUCUUCUCUGCUAAUGCUGCAGCUCAGGCUUCAAGGAAGUCCUCUCCUAGGGUGACCAAUGAAGCUGUUCAGAAGGCUGCUGCCGCUUUGAAGGGAUCGGACCACCGCCGUGCUACAAAUGUUAGCGCCAGACUAGAUGCUCAACAGAAGAAGCUUAACCUUCCAAUCCUCCCUACCACCACCAUUGGAUCUUUCCCCCAAACAAUGGAACUCAGAAAAGUUCGCCGUGAAUACAAGGCUAAGAAGAUUUCCGAGGAGGAAUAUGUUAAGGCCAUCAAGGAGGAAAUUAACAAAGUUGUCAAGCUCCAGGAAGAGCUCGAUAUUGAUGUCCUGGUUCAUGGAGAGCCAGAGAGGAAUGACAUGGUUGAGUACUUCGGAGAACAGCUGUCUGGUUUUGCCUUCACUGCUAAUGGAUGGGUGCAAUCUUAUGGAUCUCGCUGUGUGAAGCCACCCAUCAUCUAUGGUGAUGUGAGCCGACCCAAGCCAAUGACUGUCUUUUGGUCCUCUAUGGCUCAGAAAAUGACCAAGCGCCCAAUGAAGGGAAUGCUUACUGGCCCUGUCACCAUUCUCAACUGGUCCUUUGUUCGAAAUGACCAGCCAAGAUUUGAAACUUGCUACCAGAUUGCUUUGGCCAUCAAGGACGAAGUAGAGGAUCUUGAGAAAGGUGGCAUCAAUGUCAUCCAAAUCGAUGAGGCAGCUUUGAGAGAGGGCUUGCCUCUCAGAAAGGCUGAGCAUGCUUUCUACUUGAACUGGGCUGUCCACUCCUUCAGAAUCACCAACGUCGGCGUUCAAGACACUACCCAGAUCCACACCCACAUGUGCUACUCCAACUUCAACGACAUUAUCCAUUCCAUCAUUGACAUGGAUGCCGAUGUAAUCACCAUUGAGAACUCCCGAUCUGAUGAGAAACUUCUGUCAGUCUUCCGUGAGGGAGUGAAGUAUGGUGCUGGUAUUGGCCCUGGUGUGUAUGAUAUUCACUCUCCUAGAAUACCAUCAACAGAGGAGAUUGCUGACAGAAUUAACAAGAUGCUUGCUGUGCUUGAAACCAACAUCUUGUGGGUCAACCCCGACUGUGGCCUUAAGACUCGCAAAUAUGCUGAAGUUAAACCAGCUCUCCAAAACAUGGUUGCUGCUGCCAAGCUCCUCCGCACCCAGCUUGCCAGUGCCAAGUGAGGCGUUUAAGGGAGCUUCGAGGUUCAAAUUUCUUCAAAAUUAUUGUUUCUUAUCAAAGAGUGAAAAGAAAAAAGGGAGGAGGAAAAUGCUAUGUUAUUGAUUCAAUAAUUGUGGGUUCGUGAGGAGAAUUUGUGUAGGAUAGUCUGCCCUGUGGGCAUUUUGUUUUCCCAUUGUUUUCUUGUUUUCUGGGCUUUGGUUUUUAAAUUUAUUCUGUAUUCUUGAGGGGGGUUAUGCCUUCAAUUUAUUUGAAAGGCACAAAACUGACAAGUGUACCUCAAUUGCUGGGAAUUUAAGAAAAAUACAAUCACUAGUUUGUUCAUUAAUCUUUGUAGGGAGUUCUCUCUUUUGUUAUGCCUUCACACGAAACAAGGGCUGCUAAUGUGGU